AUUCAUUUAUCAGGCUUUAGUUAUUCAGCAAGAAGCGAACUUACUAAAAUGUCUGGCAUAUUUAUUUUGAACGUCUUUGUUUUGUUUUGCAUUGCCAAUGUUAACUGUUUCCUUCUGGUCCACGAGAACAUACAGCGGAACGUGACUAAAAUCUUGACUGUUCCAAACGGCGGACCUUGGGGAACGUGGAGAACGAAAGAGUUCUGUGCUGCAGGAUCGUAUGCUGUUGGAUAUAAUCUGAAGAUAGAACCACCGCAAGGAGGCGGUGACGAUACUGGUGUAAAUGCUUUGGUACUUAGAUGUGCGACUAUAGAAGGACUGUAUGCUGGAACAGUACACUCUGGUGAAGGGGCCUGGGGUAAUUGGGUUGCACAGGAUCCAAAAUACUGCGACAGUCGUGAGGGCGUCCAUCACUUUAUGACUGGGUUCUCUUUGUAUGUGGAAGGAGAUCAGGGUGCGGGUGACGACUCAGAGGUGGAUUUUGUCAAUUUCAAAUGCCGUGACUUUGCUGCCAAAACACCUGAAUACGAUCUGACUUUAUCGCCUGGUCAUGGUGUGUGGGGCAGCUGGGGACCAGCCAGUCAAAGCUGUGACCCUAAUUCAGCCAUUUGCGGCUUUAUGUCCAGAAUAGAGGAUCCACAAGGCGGAGGCGACGACACAGCACUCAAUGAUAUUAAAAUGUAUUGUUGUACAUAAAAAGACAGUCUUACGAAAGUAAAUAUGUACUAGAUGAACACAUA